AAUAUCAUGUUGGCAGCACGUGUUGCCAAGACGCUGUUGCGCAACUGACAUUCGUUAUCAUGUAACAUUUUCAAUAGUUUAAAACCCAUUAUUGUGUAAUUUGAAUUUAUCUGAGUUAAAUAGUGGCUAAUCUUCGCAUAGGUGGAAAAAGUGUCAAGGAAUAGAAGUGGUAAUCAUGAGAAACUUCGCAUAUGCGACCCAAUAAUCAGCUGGAUGCCAUCUUGUUUGUAAAGUGGAACAUAAACAUGGAAAUAGACUUUUUUAGCAACGAUUAAUGCGAUAAAAUGGCAGGCAAUGAGGGUACUAGCCAAACAGAAUUAUGGUCUUCGGUGGUCCAUCAACCAUGCGAGGAACCAGAAGAAUCCGAAUUGCCCAGCACGGUGGACAUGGCCGCUUUCAGUACCGGACUAACUGUAGAACCCACAAAUACAUCUCAAAAUAAUGAUAACAGUGACAGUGACAGUGAGUCUGAACUUGAAUCGAGUAAUUCUGGUAGCGAAGGUUGUCAGUCAUCUAGCCAAAGCGAUUCUUCUGAUUCUGACUCUUCUACAUCAAGCGUAGAGUCAUCACAUAGCCCAUCACCACAACCACCACCACCAACACCACCACCACCUCCAGAAGCAACAGAGUUUUCAGUGACAUCUUCCCAAACAGCAAAUGGGUUGCGAUUGAUAAUAGCCUCUGUAAAGAAAACUACAGGAGGUUCAAGCAGUGACGAGAAAAUGAGUGAAAAUGAGGAAAAAACAGCCAAGGAAACAGCCAAGGAAAAACCAACCAAGGAUAAAACAACCAAGGAUGCAGAGUGUAGUUCUUCGUCAGGCUCUGUGUGCUCUUCGGACCCAGAAAAUGAAGCAGCGGGGCAUAAAGGUCCUGUCACUAGAACAAGUGUAAAAUGUGCCAAGGAUAAUGUUAAGAAAAGUGUCGCGAAAUUACGAACUAAAGUUCCUGAAAAAAAAGACGAUAAAAAGAACGCUAAAAAGGAAGCGCCAGUAUCGCCCACAAAGACACCUGCUACGAAACCUAGGACUAGACAAAGGAAAGCAAAAAAGAUGGCGGCGUCGUUGCCUUUAUCAAGAGGUUCGACUUACUCUAGUACAGACUCAGACUCAGACAGAGAGAUUUUGGCAUCUUGCAGUUUGCAGGAGAUCCCAGAAGAGGAUCUCGCCGCAAUUCUGCCUGAUCAGCAGGAAUGCGAUGCUUUCGAUUUCGAAUGUAACAGAGUCGAUAAAAGUUCACCACAGACAGGUGAUAUGUCAGGAUCUGACAUGGAACUACCGCAACAAGCAGUCAAUGCACUAAUCCAAAGGACCACAGAGAGCUCUAGCGAAUCUGAAUCUCAUGCACCACCAAAUCCGUCGACGCUUUACGCAAACAGCUUGUUGCAGCAGUUCGUUGCUCAAACUCAAAUGUUAAAUGCACCGUGUCCUGCUAUUCCGCCAGUGAGUGACGGGAUCAAGCCGUUACCUUUGAACAAUUGCGAAACACAGAGUAAUACCAAUAAUAACAAUAGUAGCAGUAACAAUAACAGCAGCAACAAUAAUAACCGCACUGAGGGAGACGUAGUGAAAAGGAAGAGAGGGAGGCCGAGGAAGAACGACAAUCACAAGCCGCCAGUGGAAAAUAAAACACAAAAUAAAUCUUUGAAUAGCGAAUAUUGCGGUGAUCCGAAUGUUUCUCCAGAUUCAGGCAUACAAAAUAGUCCGGACCACGUUUCGAGUCCUGAACCCAGCCUUUCCCCGAAUGCUAAGGUUAAAAAUAGUAAGGAAGAGAUGAAGAAAAAAAAUGCGAGUGUAGAUAAUAAGAACGCAAAAAGUGAAACGAAGUGUGAUAAAGUGACGAAAUCUGUAGUCAAUAAAAAAGAAAUAAGUAAGUUGUCUGUGACUUCAAAUAAAUUUGAUCGGUUAUUGUAUGCAAAUACCGAUCGGGUUUUGUAUCCUCCCAGAAGAAAGGUGGGCAGACCUCCUCUGAUUAAAAAGGGACCAGGAAGGCCACCAAAACAUAAACCGGUGAAUAAUAGUACUAACACGGAAGCCAAACCACCUGAUAAAGUCAUAGAAAAUAACAAAAACGUAAAAAAAGUUGAAAAUAGACCCGUACUAGUGGCUAAAAAUAAAAUCGAUAAUACCAAAGUUAGAUAUACAACUCUGAAGAAUUUGAAGAUUAUGCAUACGCGACAUAAAAACAAAAUACAUAAAAAGUACACAAUUAAAAUAUUUAAACCCAUAACAGGAAAUUGCGAUACAAAUAAACCUGUAGAAGUUGAUAAAUUAGUAACAGACUUCGUUCAAUUUUGUGUAAUAGGUACUAACAAACCACCGAAAGAGAACGUGCCGGACAUCUUAAAGACGGCCAAGAAGGUUUCAAAAAAACGAAAAACUACAGAAUAUACUGAACGAAAGAAAAAAAAAGUUAGCGUUAACGCAACGGUUAAUAAGGUGGCUAAUUUAAAUGAACAACGGUUACCGUUGAAAAAACGUCACUAUUUAUUCUCAGAUGGCAAAUCAAACGUCAAACAAACAAAAACUGAAGAAACCGCACCAAAAGAAGAAAAAACCAGCUCUAACAACAAUUCAAUUACAGCGACGACACCGAAAAAGAGACACAGGUUGGAAGUUAUCAAUAACAAAGAAAAGGAAAAUCCCCCUGUUAAUAAAACGAAUUCGUCUGCUGCACCGACAGUCGAACAGCCAAAAGUUAAACCUAAACUAUCCCUGGAGACACUUAUCACGGAACUCAAGAUGAAAAGAGGAUUAUCUAACAGAAACAUCGUCGGAACUACCAGCGAAAAUAAGAAAAACGAAACACAACCAGAGGAGAUCCUGGAGGCGGUGGUUAAAGUUGACGACAUCAUGGUGAACCAAGAGAUAGCUAAAAGCAUUGUUGACAUCAAUAAGAAAAAAAUGCGAAAACGUAGAGCUUUUAAUCGGACUGGUUUUCCUACAGUGAAGAAGAAGAAAAAGAAAACUGUUCUUCCAUUGGAGGACUCGGUUGAUGAGGUAGAAGAGGAGAAACCGUUGAUAACAUGCGAUCGUGUUCCUAAAGAUGGCGAAGAGUACAAUAAAUUUAUACAAAGAACUGAAAGAUCUGACAUACUUAAAUCUGAAGAUUCCAUGUCAAAGUGGGAAGUCAUGAGUGAGUGCGAUAGCCUUCCACAGGAUGAAAGAAUAGAAGACAAAACUGACAGUGGAGAUGUGGAUGAAAUCUCCUUAGAGGCAAGCAUUGAACGACUGAGGUCUAGGUUAGACAAGAAAAAACGGAAGAGGGGUAGUGAAAAAUUGCCGGACAAUUUGAACGGCUAUCCGAAAAGAAGAUUGCGGGAUGUCUCGCCGGCCAGCAGUAUAGAACAUUUCACAGACAGAAGAUUAAGAGAAGAAAGAGCUUCGGCAUCAAGUGAUGAAAUGAAGAAAAAUAAGAAAGCACCCAGGUGGAGAAAACGGUAUUUGGUAGCUGGACUGUUCUCAGACUACUUUAAAGAAGACGACGAAACGAACCGUAUCAGAAGGACUGAAAACGCAGCAAAAUCCCGUUUGGCAUACAACCCCUGCGAGCACCCUUACGGCUUGUUGCCACCUCCCUACCACUGUGGCAAGUACUUAAGAUGUAGAAAGUUGCCAUUUCAACUGCCAUAUGACUUGUGGUGGCAACAUACGCAUUCACAACUUCCUGGAAGAGACGUCGUGCCUUCUUGGAACUAUAGAAAAAUUAGAACGAACGUUUACAAUGUUAAAACAACAACUGGCGCUUGUGAACCACAAACCUGCAACUGUACGCCGAUAUCCAAUUGUGGUGAUGAUUGCAUCAACAGAUUAGUACUGGCCGAAUGCCCUGCAAGUCAUAAAUGCCAAAAUCAAAAGAUCCAAAGGCACGAAUGGUCCCCAGGUCUUGAAAAGUUCAUGACCGAAAAUAAAGGUUGGGGCGUACGAACCAAAUUGCCCAUCAAGUCGGGAGAAUUCAUACUGGAGUACGUAGGAGAAGUGGUUUCCGACCAGGAAUUUAAAGAACGUAUGGCUACAAUUUAUGUGAACGACACCCACCACUACUGCUUGCAUCUGGACGGAGGUUUGGUCAUUGAUGGGCACCGAAUGGGUGGCGACGGUAGGUUCGUCAACCAUUCGUGUCAACCGAACUGCGAAAUGCAAAAAUGGUCUGUUAACGGACAAUUUAGGAUGGCGCUGUUUGCUCUUAGAGAUAUCGAGGCUCAUGAGGAGCUCACUUAUGAUUAUAACUUUUCGUUGUUUAACCCUGCUGAAGGGCAGGAGUGUAAGUGCGGUAGCGAAAUGUGUAGGGGUGUUAUCGGGGGUAAGUCUCAGAGAGUAAGACAGCUUCCUCUGGAGGUUAAAGAGAUGAAGCAUCAACCAGGAAGAGUGGGAAGACCAAGGAAAAAUCAAGCGAAGAGAACAACUAGCAACGUUAAAGAAAAAGAUAUACCGUUGCCGCAGCCAGUUAUGCCGGUUGUGAUACCACCUCAAGUUAAACCCAUGAGCCACCAACAGAAAUGUUUCAUUCUUGAACAUCAUUGUUUCUUGCUGAGGAAUUUAACGAAGGUGAAAAAAGUACGAGACAGAUCUAGCAGUUCCGUGCCAGUGUCGCGUCAACAGUCAAUGACGCCAACCAAUCAGGGUGCAGCUUUUAUCAAUCACUUAAACGCCCUACAAAAACCACGCAACAUUCGUACUAGACGUUUGGCUCAAGCGGAAGAAAAUCCCGAAUUAAACAAAACCGUCAAACUCGCAUCAGUAUUGAGGGAUAUCUGGAACACAGUGACAAAAGCCAAAGACGAAAAUAACGAAUCGUUGAGCAGUUUCUUCAUCAACAUGCCAUCAAAACGCAAAGUACCUGAAUUCUAUCAGCGGACCACGAAUCCCAUAGAUCUCGGCACGAUCGAGCAAAAUAUUGCAACAGGCGUGUACCUCACGCCCGAAAGCUUCAAUUCCGAUAUGAACCGUUUGUUUGCUAAUUAUUUGCGUUUUUACGGACGCACCAAUGCGGUGGGUGUUGCCGCCAUCAAACUCAAGAAGAUAUACGCGGAAGCAAAACAACAGAGUUUGCCCAAGUUUGAGAAUGUUUUGGGGAAAAAACCCCCACCAAACUUCAUUUCGAAUAAAAGUAGGAGUAAAGUGGAUGAAGAAGAAGAUAUAAUUAGAUGCAUUUGUGGCAUGCCGCGUGAUGAGGGUUUAAUGAUCCAGUGUGAGAGAUGUAUGGUUUGGCAACAUAGCGAAUGUGUGAAAGCCGAUGUUUCGGCAGAAAGCUAUCAUUGCGAGCAGUGUGUUCCUAGGGAAGUUGAAUAUGAGAUACCGCUUGAUGAAUUUACCGAACAUGGACACAGAUAUUACAUGACACUUUUACGUGGUGAACUGCAGCUUAGACAGGGAGACACUGUAUAUGUACUGCGUGAUAUUCCUAUACCUGGCACAGACCGUAAACACACUUACAACACAAUAGGAAAAAUAGAUUACGCCGAUUUAGAUAUAUUCCGCAUUGAACGACUCUGGAAAGAUUCAAAAACGGGCCAACGUUUUGCAUAUGGUCAUCAUUAUCUGAGGCCCCAUGAAACCUACCAUGAACCCACAAGGAAAUUCUUUCCAAACGAAGUUAUGCGCGUACCCUUAUACGAGGCCGUACCAGUUGAAUUAGUAAUUUCACACUGUUGGGUAAUGGAUUUGAACACCUUUUGCAAAGGACGACCCAUAGGGGCCCCUGAAGAACACAUUUAUAUUUGUGAAUAUCGCGUAGAUAAAUCUGCACGAUUGUUCAGUAAAGUUUCAAAAUCCAAGUUUCCUAUUUGUACGAAAACUUUUGUUUUUGAGCGAUUUGAAACAAGACUUAAAAUAUCAAGGACUUACACUCCACACGACCUUGAUCCAGCGAUGAUUAAACCACGAGGAAGAAAGCCUCAAGAAAACGAGGACACUAGAGAACCUGUAAUUCCACCAAUGUCUGUCCAUGUGCCUGUUAUUAGAACCCCCUCAGAACAGAAAGCUCGUUUGAAUAAAAUAUUGUUGAAUCUCUUGAGCAAGAUGCCAACGAAACAACCGUUGGAUGUGUCGUAUCUUUUGGAAGGAGGUCGACGAAGAAAGAAGCCAGUGGAUAAUAACAAAAAUUAAUUUGAGAAAUGGGUGAUAUUGAUUAUAUUUUACUUUUAUUUUAUACUUGCUAUUGAAUGUUAUUGAUCUUUCAAAGUAACGAUUGUAGUUUUUCAUUGUUUAUGAAUGUUUCUCAUAGGUCUUAAAUGACUAGUCAUAGUUUUGUUGUUAAUUUUAUCAUUAUUCAUUAUUUAUUUGUACAUAAAAAAUUGUUGCCUUUACAUAUUUUAGGAAGUUGCUGAAGGUCGAAUGUUUCGGAAUUUAAUGGUACUAAAUAUUGUUUUUGCUUCACUUGUUCCCAGUGUACAAAUUUUAUUUUUUUUAAGUGAAGUUUUAGUAUUUAUUAGCUCACGCUUUUUUAAGUAUAUUUUUUCUACAGCUGUAUUUACAUUAUGGAUAAUUUAUUUUAAUUGUAGAAUUCUUGCCUGAUUAGGUCAUAAGAUUUAACAUUAAUACAUCACUUUAUAUCUCACAUUAGAAAUA